GGUACAACAUCAACCACACGGCGCCAUAUUAGAUUGACGCUACACUGCUGCGGACCAAGUCGGGGAAGAGGGACAGUUUUCCAGAUGUCCAGGGUCCCCAGGCCGCAGUAGUCAGUUUGCAAAACACAGAAGGUAACUGGUAUAUGGUUGACAUCAAGUAAGUGGAGUAAACAUCUCGGGCAGCGUCGUCCGGGGCGUCUUGUUUUCGUCGUCGUCGUUCAGCUCACUCGGCCGGCAGACAUGACUUCCUUGACUCAGCGGAGUUCGGGCCUCGUGCAGAGGCGGACCGAAGCCUCGCGCAACGCCGCUGACAAAGACCAUCCGUCCGCCGAGGAGGACCACGAGCCCGGGCGAGGAGACGAGCAGGAAGACGACGAUACCGGAGACUCCAAAGAAACCCGUCUCACCUUGAUGGAAGAAGUGCUGCUGUUAGGCCUGAAGGACCGAGAGGGCUACACCUCGUUCUGGAAUGACUGCAUUUCAUCCGGUUUGCGAGGGUGCAUGCUGAUUGAACUGGCCCUGAGAGGACGCCUCCAGCUGGAGACGUGUGGCAUGAGGAGGAAAAGUCUGCUGGCCAGGAAGGUAAUUUGUAAGUCAGAUGCUCCAACAGGUGACGUGCUACUGGAUGAAGCCCUGAAACACAUCAAAGACACCCAACCACCAGAAACUGUGCAGAGCUGGAUCGAACUGCUCAGUGGAGAGACGUGGAACCCCCUGAAGCUUCAUUAUCAACUGAGGAAUGUCCGUGAACGGCUGGCCAAAAACCUGGUGGAGAAGGGUGUCCUCACUACUGAGAAGCAGAACUUUCUGCUUUUUGAUAUGACCACACAUCCUCUGACCAACAACAACAUCAAGCAGCGCCUCAUCAAGAAGGUCCAGGAGGCUGUACUGGACAAGUGGGUGAAUGACCCUCAUCGAAUGGACAAGCGGAUGCUCGCACUCAUCUUCUUAGCUCAUUCCUCCGAUGUCCUGGAAAAUGCCUUUGCCCCACUGCUAGACGACCAAUAUGACCUGGCCAUGAAGAGAGUGCGGCAGCUGUUGGAACUGGAGCCCGAGGGGGAGAGCAUGAAGGCUAACACCAAUGAGCUGGUAUGGGCUGUGGUGGCUGCCUUCACCAAAUAAGUUCACUACAAAAAGGACAGCAAAGCAGUUGUGGCAUUCAAGUGGCAUUGUGCAUUGAGGUGGGAAUCACAAUACUGACACCAAUAUGGUGACUUAACUGACUUACAGUUUACCCCAGCCUGGACUUUUGGAAUGGGCUGCGCUCUAUUCUUGUUCCUGUCUAUCUCAUUUUCUUUUACUUCCAGAUAACUGUCCUUGUUAAUCCGCCAUGGUCCCUUUCCCCACCUGUCCUUUAUGUGUUCACUUUUGCUAAAAAAAUUAAUAAUAAUAUGGAACUUUAAAUGAAGUGGUUGGUGAUGAUAUGGGUGUGGCUGAAAUCGAGAUGUUGAUUUAUAUCCUCUUUCUUUUCUAUGGGGUAUAUCUUUAACACAGUUCGAGGUACGGUAUGUAUGGCAGAUGUUACUUGAGGUACCAUCCUAACACACCUAAUAAUACAUAGGCAUGAAAGUUUUUAAAUCGGUAUCUUCUUCCAAAUGUGAUAUGUAAGGAUAUGAUUUGUCACAGCAUUGUUUUACUUUUAUAUCAAGUACUGGGGAAAAACUAAUAUGGUCAGAUCCAAAAGUUUCUAACUAGUACUGUGAACUUUCAACAUUUUUAAAUUCCAAUUUUUUACUCUGUCCAUUUUCUUAAUCCAUCUCAUCCAUCCAUUAUAAUGGAUAAAUACACGAGAUUGUCCCAGCUACAUAGAAAUGUUGCCAGUAUAUAACAGGGCUGACACGUAGAAGCAGAGAAACAUUCAGACCUGCAGAGAGUUUAGAGUUUAUAGGUCACCUUACCUGCAGGGUCAGGUCAAAGGACCAUUGAGGAAAACCACAAGGGCACUUGAGGGAAAUUAUACUCUGGGCUGGGCAAUUAACCAAAAAUUUAUCAAAAUGACAUUUAUAACCUCUAACCGACUUAAUCUUGCUCAUGUCGGUUAAUUUGGUUAAUACUAUACCCAAUGUGUGCAUUCACGAACUGUCAGGUCUCUUCUACAUACCUUUUGCUGCUGCGGUCCGGGUACCUUGUACCGUGCCGUCCUCACAUUGACACGUUAACAAUAAAAACACUUAUCAGAAGUUAUUAGGACACGUACAGGACUUGGAAGAUUACUGUGUGUUUGUUUGAGUCCGUCUAGAGUUAAGGAGACUUUAAACACCUUGAAAAAAGGCCAACAUUCUCUGGGCACGCAGGUCACCUGCUACGCACAACACAAUGCAUAAUGUGACAUGCACAGCCAGGACAUCAGAGUUAAAGUGACCGGAACGAUCCGGAUUCGUAAUCCGACAUCGAUUAAUAACUAAAAAAUGUGUGAAGAGAAACUGACACACACACUCCUGCAGACAUAAGAGACAUUCUUCCAGCAAAUUAUGAUCCAACGGGAUGUUUUAACUUCUUUGUUGCAGGAAAAGCGACACCCUGUUUUGAUUUAAAUAUGAAUUCAGCAGGUUACUAUAAAGAUUAGUUCUACAUGUGAAUGAUUCGAAAAAAGAGCAGAUGAGCAGAAUCGUUGACUGGCGCUGAGUAAUGUUCCUCAUGCGUGGGGUGGUCAGAUCAAGAUCCAGUGGGGGGGCAUAAAUGAAUUGAUCGUAAUAGAGGUAAAGUUUGAAAUAAUCACGAUAUUGAUUUGAAGUCAUAUCGCCCAGCCCUACUAACCAUAGAGCCACUGCGCAACCUGAAGGACCAUUCCUUCUUGUUAAGGCUAUAUGAUUUAUUCUUUUUUGUAAAUUACCUAAACAAGCCUAAAUGUGCAUGUACAGAUAAUGGAAGAUGGAAAGCUGACUUGUAUGAUGUGCGACAUUCCAUUUACUUCAGCUCUAUUCAAUAUUUGGAGAAAAAAAAAUUAGGUUUAUAGGUUUAAGUUAUUGUGCAAACAAUUGUUUAGAUGAAAUAAUAUAAAUCGCUCACAUGCAGAAUUGAUAUGGCUGAUAGAAAAACAGUAUGCAAGCCCUGAGAAACUAGGGAGAAAAACAUUUGCAUUUGCAAAAACAGUUGUCUCUCCUGUGUUUAGAAGAGGUUAAACAAAGGGUUAUUUGCACCACUGUCACAGUCUAAACAGGCCUGAAACCAUUCAUGUCUUCUAGGUGAUUUUUUAAUUACUCCAUGCAUAACCUAUUGAGUGUUUUAGCAAGUUACGUUACAUUACUUUCAAUGGAAAAUUUAAAUACAUGAGUUGCUAAAGAAAGAAAUUGACAGUAAUGUCCCAUACUCGCACAAAAUAUGUAACUUGUGUUUCUAGUGCAUGUACAGAUUAAAAAACACCUGGAAGAAAAAAACGAAUGCCUUUAGUCCUAUUUUGACUGGGGAGCACCCAAGCCUCUUGAGGCCAAAACGAGUAUUACAAAACAAAAACGUAUUCCUCACCCAUUGCUAAUUCAAACACUUAGAAAAUGGAUCACCAGAUUCAUUCCUACUUGCCUCUCAAAACCCCUGUAAAAAUAUUAUGAUUGGGGGGGGAAAAGAAAUGCACUACACAUUAAAUGUUCAAAUGAUAAUAUAUUAAGCUAUCAUUAGUAUGAGACUCAAAGACAAAACACUCAACUCUGCUUCUCCCACCCCUGCCUCUCCCUGCUCCGUCAUUCUGUCUCAACUGACGUAGGAAAUUGCUCGCUUAGUCAUUUUGGAGGGGAACACUGCUCUGGCCAGGCCCUUCAAUGAGUGGCUCACAGAAGCCUCUAAUAGCACCUCUACACAUUAAGAUAUUGUCAGUAUUGAAGCAUAUGUUCAACUAAAAAGAGUAAAAGUUCCACAUUGUAGCUUUAAUGCAUAUUACUGAUAAAAUUAAUUGUAUACAGGCCAUGUUAUUUUACAUAUCCUCUGACCAGCAGUUUAUGAAAAAUGGUUAAUUUUGAUGGAGGACUCUGAUUGAGAUUAUCUCUAUUGCUGAUGCACUAUCAAAAUGGUAAAUAUCAAACAGUUUAUAUUCAGCAUUCAAGCCUGCAAUAUCUGAAAGGUAACAGUUGAAACCAAACGUAACUUAGUCUGGUUCCAAUGUAAUGAUUUUGUUUUUGCUCCCAGUUCCUUGAUACAAUAACUCUGUCUAAAAUGUAUAUGAGGGGCUGUUGAGGAUUGCACUGAAAGAUUUUCAUUACAGGAACAAACUUAAGAAAGCAGACCCAGAAUCCAAAUAGAAACAUACUUUCCCUUGUUAGUGUAUAAUUAAAAAUUAAGUAAUUACGUGGGAUAGUGUAUUUAUCGGUCUGGAUUUGUCUUGUAUGAUGAAUCAAAUAAUUGAUGAAGGGGAAUUCUGAACAGGGAGAGGUCUAGGGUUUAUUUAGUUCAACAAUUUCAAAAACUACAAUACAAUAGUACAUUACCUUUUAUUGAUAUGAUACACUGUAUUUAAAAAUACAAAACUCAAAACGUGACAUGGGGAACCUAUCUCUUAUUAUAAACCACUUACCUUUUUGUAACAUCUCUGGGGCCAUUUAAAGGUUUUGAACUCUUAUAUCAUACUAACCUCUACUGCGAUGGCUGAAUCUGCAUCUUUUUGGCAGGGGUCAGAUGAUAGUGAAGAUUAUGGUGUAAAUGAUGCUACUCGCAGCUGGUUUUAGCCAAAACACCUUGUCUAAACAAAUACCUAACCUUUGGGAGGGCCAUGCAUGGCUUGAAAAAGCCGUAUCAAACUCUGCAGUGAUUCCAAAAAUGGCAAGUUGGAUUCAUGUUAUUUUUUCAUCACAUUGGACUGUAAAUAAAGACAGAUAAAGCAUUUCCA